GAAGAUGGCGCAGCUUACGGCACGUUGCGGGUUCGACGGCUCGGACCGCGGAACGACGUCGCCACCGAUUACCGACUAAUUACCGACCGACGGAGCGCGUUCAAGCCCGCGCAGCAGCCGGGCGCGCGCGCGCUGGAAAAUAACGAUUCAAUUUCAAAUGAACCAGAUUUGAGGAGAAAAAAAAGAAACAUUUCCGUUUCGUUUAAAGCGCGCCUGCAGUAACAGCUGUUUGUAUAGAUUUAUUGUGCAGGAGUGCAGAAAAACAGCUCGCCGCUUGGGUGCGUGCGUGCGUGCGUGCGUGGCUCCGUCCGUGCCCGCUUGCCUGCCUGCUCGGCGCGCGCGCGUGUGCGUUUCGUUAGGUGGACACGGAGACUGCAUCAGACCGGAGACACACGCCGGGGACAUAACAGAGCGGAGACAUCGAGGCUCCGAUGGUCCUUCCUUCCUCCGGACCUCCCCCCCUCCCUCCCUCCCUCCCUCCCACUGCACGCACGCACACACCCGGUGGAGACAUGUAGUCCCAUGUAGGAGCAGCGAGGAGAAUCUGUAGCCUUCAGCUCCCAUCCUUUUUUUCCCCCAGCAGCAUUGAUCUCACCAUAUCGACAUAAUGUGCGCGCCUCCCCGGGGGCAGAAAUAACCAAACAUGUGGAUACCGACCGAAGAGGAGAAGAUCGCAGUUGUGAUCUGCAACUUCCGGUCAGCAAUAGGCCAGGCGCUGGUGUUGGAGAUCGGGGAAACUGUUCAGAUUUUGGAGAAGAGUGAAGGUUGGUACAGGGGCUUUUCCAGCAAGAAGCCCUCUAUCAAGGGUAUUUUCCCAGUCAGCUGAAGAAAUUACGUCCACUCCACCGUGACCAACAGAGGGCUGUGCGAGACGGUGGUGCCCCUGGAGGACCCCAUUAUCACCGAGACCACCUCCACACUGCAGGAAUGGGGGGUCCUGUGGAAGCAGCUCUACGUGAAACACAAGGUGGAUCUGUUCCACAAGCUGCGCCAUGUGAUGAACGAGCUCAUCGACCUGCGUCGGCAGCUGAUCCAGGGUCACCUCGCCCAGGACCAGACCCGCGAGAUCAAGCGGCACAUCACCGUGCGGCUCGACUGGGGCAACGAGCACCUCGGCUUAGACCUUGUCCCCAGAAAAGAGUUUGAGAUGGUGGAUCCAGAUCAGAUCAGCAUAUCGGAGCUGCACAAACUGCACGUUUCCAGCAGACACUGCGGCCAGCAAAGCACAAGCCAGGGCGACAGCACGCGACAGCGGCACGGCGACGGUUGCCGUGUCCCCGUGUCGCACCACCUCUUCAUCAACCUCAAGAGCUUCACGUACAACAGCAUCAGCGAGGACGCGGACGUCUUCUUCUCCCUGUACGACACCCGGGAGGCCAAACAGAUCAGCGAGAAGUUCAUGGUGAAGCUGAACAAGAACGGAGGACCAAAGAACCCGGAGAAGGUCGACCGCCUGUGCGCCCUGUUCACGGACCUGAGCAGCAAGGACCUGAAGAGGGACCUGUACAUAGUUGCACACGUCAUCAGAACCGGCCGCAUGCUGCUGAACGACUCAAAGAAAGGUCCCCCUCACGUGCAGUACAGGCGGCCGUACGGCUGCGCCGUUCUGGCCAUGAGUGACGUUUUCCACACCAUCACGGACCUCAAGGAGGAGAAGGACUUCGUGCUCAAAGUUUACACGUGCAACAACGAGAACGAGUGGCACCAGAUUCAGGAGAACAUCAUCCGCAAGUCCAACACCAAGUACUCCGCUCCCAGCACCAACUACGGCUUCAUCUUCUCCCUGCAGUUGUUGGGAGGUGAGCUGGAGCAGAUCAGGAGGGAGAACCAGGCCGUGUUCAACAGGGUUUUGGUUUUCACGCGCAAACUGGGCUUCCCAGAGGUCAUCCUGCCAGGCGACACGCGCAACGACCUGUAUCUGACCCUGGAGCGCGGCGAGUUCGAGAGGGGCGGCAAGAGCGUCCAGAAGAACAUCGAAGUCACGCUCUUUGUGCUCUACGCCGACGGGGACACACUCAAAGACUGCAUCAGUCUGGGCAGCGGGGAGCCCAGCAGCAGCGAGUAUCGCUCCUUUGUCCUCUACCACAACAACGGCCCUCGCUGGAGCGAGAUGGUCAAGCUGCCCAUCCCCAUCGAUCGCUUCAGAGGCUCCCACCUGCGCUUCGAGUUCAGGCACUGCUCCACUAAAGACAAAGGAGAGAAGAAACUGUUUGGCUUUGCGUUCACUCCUCUGAUGAGAGAAGACGGGACCACGCUGUCGGACGAGAGCCACGAGCUGUAUGUGUACAAGUGCGAUGAAACCGCCACCUUCAGCAACCAGGGCCUGUACCUCAGCCUGCCUUGCUGCAAGGAGGACUUCAACAGCUGCCCCAACCUGCCGGCCAACCUGCCUUUCCAGAGGAGCCCCAAAGAAACCUUCUGGGUCUCCACCAUACUCUGCUCCACCAAGCUCACACAAAAUGUGGACCUCCUGGCUCUGCUGAACUGGAAGGCUCACCCCGACCGGGUGUUGGACAUCCUCGGUCGCUUGCGUCAGAUCAGCGGAGAGGAGAUUGUGAAGUUCCUGCGGGACGUCUUGGAUACGCUCUUCUGUCUCUUGGACGACAACACUGAUAAAUAUGGACCGCUGGUUUUCCAGUCACUGGUGUUCAUCAUCAACCUGCUCAGGGACAGCCGGUUCUACCACUUCCGACCCGUCAUGGACUCCUACAUCCAGAACCACUUUGCUGGAGCUCUGGCGUACAAGGAACUGAUCCGAUGUCUGAAGUGGUACAUGGACCGCUCGGCCGAGGUCAUCCGACAGGACCACAUCCAGGAGGCCAUGAGGGCCCUGGAGUACCUGUUCAAGUUCAUCGUGCAGUCCCGGAUCCUCUACGCGAGGGCCACCUGCGGCAUGGAGGAGGAGCAGUUCAGGGCCAGCGUCCAGGAGCUCUUCCAGUCCAUCCGCUUCGUCCUCAGUCUGGACGGCCGCAGCUCGGAGAACCUGGUGUUCACGCAGGCAGCGCUGUUGAACAGUUUCCCCGAUAUAUUUGAUGAGCUGCUGCAGAUGUUCACCGUUCAGGAGGUGGCCGAAUACGUCCGGGGCACCCUGGGGAGCAUGCCCAGCACCGUGGACAUCGGCCAGUCCAUGGACGUGGUCAAACUGCAGUCCAUCGCUCGCACAGUCGAGAGCCGCCUCUUCUUCUUCCCCGAGUCUCGUAGUAUUCUGCUGCCGGUGGUCCUGCAUCACAUCCACCUGCAUCUGCGCCAGCAGAGGGAGCUGCUCAUCUGUUCUGGGAUCCUCACCAGCAUCUUUUCCAUAAUCAAGACCAGCUCCAUGGAGUCCUCUGUUCAGGAGGAAGUGGAGAUGAUGGUGGAGAGCCUCCUGGAUGUGCUGCUGCAGACUCUGCUGUCCAUCAUGAGCAAGACUCACUCGGUGGAGACGGCCAGGGGACAACGCUGUCCCCAGUGCACCGCCGAGAUAACGGGCGAGUACGUCUCCUGCCUCCUCUCCCUGCUCCGCCAGAUGACGGAGCUCCACUUCCACCAUCUGCUCAACAACUUCCACAGCAAAGAGGAGCUGAAGGAGUUCCUGCUGAAGAUCUUCUGCGUGUUCCGCAACCUGAUGAAACUGACCAUCUUCCCUCGCGACUGGAGCGUCAUGAGGCUUCUAACUAGUCACAUCAUCGUGGUGACCACACAGUUCCUGUCCCCGGCGCUGCACAAGAACUUCUCAGAGGCCGAUUUUGAUUUCAAGGUGUGGAACUCGUUCUUCAGCCUCACCGUGCUGUACAUCAACCAGCCCAGUCUGCAGCUGGAGGCGCUCGGCCCGGCCAAGAGGAAGAAGGUCCUGGACAAGCACGGAGACAUGCGCGUGACCAUGGCCUACGAGCUCUUCAGCAUGUGGCAAAAAUUAGGCGACAACAAGCCCCACUUCAUCCCGGGGAUGAUGGGCCCCUUCCUCGGCGUCACCCUGGUGCCGCAGAUCGAGGUCCGAAACAUCAUGAUCCCCAUUUUCCACGACAUGAUGGAUUGGGAGCAGAGGAAAAACGGGAACUUCAAACAGGUGGAGGCGGAGCUUAUGGAUAAGCUCGACAGCAUGGUGUCGGAUGGGAAAGGCGACGAUAAUCACAGAGAGCUCUUCAGCCUCUUGACGCAGCUCUUUGGUCCUUACCCGAGCCUGCUGGAGAAGAUCGAGCAGGAGACCUGGAGGGAGACGGGCAUCUCCUUCGUCACAUCGGUCACCAGGCUCGUGGAGCGACUGCUGGAUUACAGGGACUGCAUGAAAGGAGACGAGAUGGAGAACAAGAAGAUUGGUGGUUCCGUCAACCUCAUGAACUUCUACAAAUCUGAGGUCAACAAGGAGGACAUGUACAUCCGUUACAUCCACAAGCUGUGCGACCUGCAUCUCCAGGCAGAGGACUUCACAGAGGCGGCGUUCACCCUGCUGCUGUACUGGGAGCUGCUGCAGUGGGAGGACCGGCCCCUGAGGGACUUCCUCCACUACCCGUGUCAGAGCGAGUGGCAGCGAAAGGAGAACCUGAGUCGUAAGAUCCUGCACUACUUCAACAAGGGCAAGUGCUGGGAAUACGGAAUCUCUCUCUGCCGGGAGCUGGCUUUCCAGUACGAGACCUUGUACGACUAUCAGAGCCUCAGCUGGAUCCGGAAAAUGGAGGCGGCGUAUUACGACAACAUCAUCGAGCAGCAGAGGAUCGAGCCGGAGUUCUUCAGGAUGGGUUUCUACGGCAGGAAGUUUCCCUUCUUCCUCCGGAACAAGGAGUUUGUCUGUCGCGGUUACGACUACGAACGACUCGAGGACUUCCAGCAAAGGAUGCUGGGAGAAUUUCCACAGGCCAUCGCCAUGCAGCAUCCCAACCAACCCGACGACACCAUCCUGCAGAGCGACGCUCAGUACCUGCAGAUCUACGCGGUGACGCCCGUGUCGGACAUCUCGGACGUGCCUCAGCUGGAGCGAGUGCCCGAGAGGAUCAAGAGCUUCUACCGCAUAAACAACGUCAGCCGCUUCCACUACGACCGGCCCUUCCACAAGGGGCCCAAGGACCGCGAGAACGAGUUCAGGAGUCUGUGGAUCGAGAGGACGACCCUGAUCCUCUCCCGUCCUCUCCCCGGGAUCUCCCGCUGGGCGGAGGUGGAGAGGAGGGAAGUGAUGGAGGUGAGCCCCCUGGAGAACGCCAUCUACGUGGUGGAGAAUAAGACCCAGGAGCUGCGGACUCUGAUCAGCCAGUACCAACACCGGCAGCACCACGGCAACAUCAACCCGCUCAGCAUGUGCCUCAACGGCGUCAUCGACGCCGCCGUCAACGGAGGCAUCGCCAGAUAUCAGGAGGCUUUCUUCGACAAGGACUACAUCAGCAGCCACCCGGAAGACGCGGAGAGGAUCACGCACCUGAAGGACCUGAUGCAGGAGCAGGUGCACAUUCUGGGGGUGGGGCUGGCCGUCCACGAGAAGCUGGUGCACCCGGAGAUGCGUCCCCUGCACAAGAAGCUCGUGGACCAGUUCCACAUGAUGAGGACGGGCUUACAUCACGGCGUCUCCGGCGUGGAGCGAUUCGCCGCCGCGGGCUGCCAAGGGGUCAACUCGCCGAGAGGCGUCCUCUCCUCCCACAGCCACAUGAGCCCCGAGAGCGUCCGCCUCAUCCACAGACACAGCCCUCUGAGCCUUCAGGCUUCGAUCCGUCACUCGUCGUCCUCCCUGUCCUCCCACACGUCGAGUGAGGCAGGAAACCUCGUCAUAAUGACCGACGGCCUGAUGGGGGAGCACCCCGAGGACGCCUCACACAUGCAGCCGAGCCCCUCCUCCUCCAGCCUGAGCUCCAUCCGCUCCAACUCGUCCCAGAUUAUCAACUCGGCUCCGUCGAGUGCCAGAGGCUCGCCGUCUCUGCCCGACAAGGCCAAGCACAACCGGGAGGUGAUGAUCCUGCUGCCGUCUCACCGCGAGAGGGUCAACAGCUCCAUGUACUACAACACGGCGGAGAACGGACAGAACAACCACAUGCAGCGUGCCUUACUCCAGCAAAUCAGCCCCUGUAAGCCGUGUGCGGAUCCCCACACGAACCCACCAGAGAAAGUGUUUCCUAACGCUGCCAGCAGCUGGAGUCUGGAUGGAGAGAACAGGGAGCAAAUGUCCUACAUGCCGGCUUCUGCUGGAGGUGUGAUCAUGCCCCCCGUGCCCCCCAGGUCCUUCCCCACAGGGCACUUCCUGAUGCACUGCGAUGCGUUCCACCACCAGAACAGCGACCCUCCCCCCAGCCUGCCCGUCCGCUCCCUUCGAAAGUCGCCGCUCCACCCGAUCCCCGGCUCGCCCACCAGCCCCCAGUCGGCGCUGGGCGGCAGUAACUCCACCCUCUCCGGCAGCGCCAGCAGCGGCGUCUCCUCCCUGAGCGAGAGCAACUUCGGCGGCCAGUACCCGGACCCGGGCCCCAUCCGCAACGACGCCCUGGAGCCCCUCCCCAGCCACCUGUGGUCGCCGCCCGACGACUACCUGGCCUCCCCCUACCUGCACAUCCACUACGGGGGGCCGGACAUCGAGGCGGCGGACCCCGUCCGCCCCUUCCACUACCGCAGCCCGGCCUCGCACCCGCACAGCCACCCGCACGCCCACGCCCACCCGGGGCUGGACGGCCACUCCCACGGGCCGCCGCAGCCGCCGCACCAACAACAACACCACCACCACCACCACCACCACCCGGCCCCCGCCCACGGGCCCCACCACAUCCCCUACCGCCGGCCCCAGCCGCCGGCCGUGCCGCCCAAGCCCUACCUGAGGGAGGGCUGCAUCCCCGAGGAGGAGCUGCUGGCGCCGCAGCCCGUCCCGCUGCCCCGCAGGAUCUUCCACUCGCCCCACGGCCACCGGGACGACGCGGGGAAGCACCCCUGGGAGCAGUGCAUCAGCGAGGAGCACGAGGAGGCCCAGUGAGGAGGAGGUGGAGGAGGAGGAGGCUCAGAGGGUCCGGGGGGGGGGGGUUGAUUCAGUGCAGAUGAAGGAAAAGACCAGAGGGAUCCUCGAUGAGGGGAAAAAAAGAAGCGCGUCGGGCCGACGUGACAGAUUGAAAUUGAUUGUACACAAGUGGUACAACUCGUCUGUGAGCAUGUUUUUGUUUUUCGUUCAUCUGAGAAUAAUAAGACGACACGUUUUGUGAAACACGACGUGAUCCGAGGUGCAGGAGGAGCUCUGGACCUCCUGCUCCCGCCCCUCCGCUUCAUAUAUACCAAUCCUUAUUUUGAUAAUAAUAAUAAUACAGAAUACAUUAUAGUGUUUUUAAAGGCUUAUGUCCAUUAUGUUUUUCAAAACACUGUUAAGUGCUCCUUAAUAGUGAAUCACCUCGUCGGACCCUCGAGGGACUCGAAACGUCCCCCAAAGCCUCCGUGAAUGUAUUCGGAUCCGAUGUUGUAUUUGUGUUGCGCAAUCUGCAACGCUGUCUUCUUUUGGUGUAGGAGGGGGGAGGGGGGGCUGGUUUAGGGAGGGAGGGGGGGGGUCUUUAUUUUACUUUUUUUGAUGUGGCUUAGGGUUAAUGUGACAAAGACACCCGGAGACGAUGGACCAUGUUUCAUCAACAGGAAAACUCUCCAACCACCAUCCCGUCUCCACCUCUUGGUCCUUCUCUGUGUGCUGUCCUGAGCAGGGAGGGGCUCACCCCCCCCCCGCCCCCUCUGCCCCCCCCCCCCCCUCCUGAGGAGGAGCCCACACUCGGACGGCGUUGGAAUCGCCCACCUGCCUUAAAGUGCACUGGAAUGCAGUUUUGGACCGUGAGAAGCUCAUCUCGGUGACAGCCGUCCGCUCCUUUUCAUUCCCUUCGCUCGACGCUCCUCGAAGAGACAAAACAAACAAAAAAAAGACACACAAACAAAAACACAAUAGAAGAUAUCUAGCUCGUGGCGUUUUGUAUGGUUUGGUCCCGCUUUAGUUUCAGGCCGUUGUUGGGUUCGUAGCGCUGACGUCUGCCGCUCUCCUCCCUCCUCGGAGCGCCGACCACGUGUUUCUGAGGGAGAGCGUUUACUGCGGCGCGGCGGCGGCGGGUCGGAAGGAUAUAGCUAAUAUUUUAACAAUGACUCGUUUUCCUGGUUGUUUUCUGUUCUGCUGUUUUUGUUGUUUAGUUUGGGGGUUUGUUUUUUCUCUCCGCAGGUGGAUGCUUUGUGUUACUGUACAUCACGUUGUCAGCCGAGUGGACAACAUCUAUUUUUGUAAUGUGCGAUCAUCGGUUGUGUGGACGUCUUUCGGAGGGUUCUGCUUUGCACGUCGUCACACGGGUGGAUAACUGGCGAUGGAGCCGUGCUCGGAAUAUACGUAUAAUAGAAUUUCUCAAUGUAAAUUCUGUUAUUGUACAUACAGCAGUAUUGUGAAAUAUUUUUGAGAAUUAUCGCAGACGCCCCCCGAAAAAGGUUUAUUGUCGUUUUGUGUAUAUACGUGUACUCCAGAGAUCAGUGUAAUUGAUAAAUAUCUAUAAUCAGUGUUUGAAAAAGGACAAAUCCAUUAGACCGUGUCUCGACUUUGAGUCUUCUCAUAUAAAUACUUUAUACACUUUUCAAUGUGCUUUCCUGUACAUACGGUGUUAGCAUGAUCAAACUGUGUUUGGUUGUAAAAGUGGUUUUCCUACUCCCAUAACUGCUGUGGUACGGAAUUCAUUAACGAUGCCAAACAUUAAAGACAAUCUUUUAUCAGCG